CUCAGCUUAUGGCUGGUUGUUUUGGGCUUUGCUUGGAGCCAUGGAUGGCAAGCCGAGUGGCGGCUAUCCGGAAAAGCCGCAGGCAAGAUGCCUGGGUGCUCAGCAGGAAAAGGCUAUGCAGAGAUGCCAAGCGCUUCUCUCCCGCCUACCUCCAAUGGAAGGCAGUGUAAAAUACGAGCGCUCUUGGGGAGUCGAAGAGUCAUUGGAACAGUUCCAAUGCCUUAUGCGACAGCAUGAGCUGCAAUCCUCUGUGGGGCAAAGCCAUGUGGCAGUGCGGAAGACCCACACGGACUUCUGCACUUUGAAUGCAAUGGAUGUUGCCAAAAUCGCCCGGGAAGCAUUCUCCAUGCCUGAUACUCUAUCAAAGGCGAAAGCCUUGGAAGAGGUGAAGCUUGCCACUCAGAAGUUGCGCAGCUCCAUGAAGUUGAAAAACAUCAAGGAGCUACAAUCUGCUGGGAAGAUCGAGAUGAUGGAGAAAGAAAUCCAAAAAAGCAAUGCCGAAAUGACCACACUUCGGAAGUCGAUUGAAGAUAUUAUCAAUGGUGGCGGUCCUCCCUUUACUGGCAAAAACAAAGCAGAAGUGGGAACAAACAGGACUUGGUUCUAUUGCUCGGACUGCCAUGUUGGUGGUCACGGACAACGGUUUUGCAGAUAUCUCCUCAAGCGACCAAACUGGAGGAUCUACCCAAGUGAAAAAUGGUUUGAAGAUCGCAACGGUCAACUCAGCCACUGCCCACUUGGAAAGAAAAGUGUCGAUUUUACUGACGAGACCUACUUCAGCCGAAUAUGCAUGCAUAUCAAAGGACGUAUUUGGCUGGAAGAUAAGCGCAAACUUUAUGAAUUUGUGCCGGAUUUGAUGCCUUACACUUAUGUGAUCCAAAACAGGCAAUGGCUUGGAGAAGUGCCGAAAAAUGAAGCAGAUGCCAGUCCAUGGCCAUGGUUUCUAAAGGAGACGGACAGAAAUUGGGGCACGAGUGUCGUGUGCUGUGCCAGUGCAAAGGAAUGCUUACAAAAGGCAAAAGGCGAUGCAGUUUAUGUCGUGCAGAAACACAUCCCCGAUCCGCUGCUUUACACCAACGGGGAAAAGUGCCACAUCAAGUUCUACAACCUUUUGAUCGGCCUUGACGAUGGUGUGACCUGGCGCCUUUACACCUACAAGGAUGGGUACUUGAGCAUAUCUCCAAAACCUUGGUCACCAGAAGAUUUGUCCAAGGAGUGCCAAGUAACAAUCAUUCGCACCAAGAGAAUAAACGACUGGCCCUACUGGCCAAAAGUCUAUGGAAAGUGCAAGGCUGGCAUAGCCACGGUCAUCAAGCGAGCUGCAGAGCAAGGAAAGCUGGAGGGUCGAAACAAGAUUCAGUUUGAAAUCAUCAGUGCAGACUACAUCGUCACCAACAACGAAGACGUCUAUUUGCUUGAAUUCAACACAGGACCUGUUCUGAGGGAUGCCGAAGACUCUCCAGAUGUCCAUGAUGCAGGGAUGGUUGACGGCGCCUUACACAUUGUCGAGCCGUGGGAAGGGGGAUCUCCAGAGCUUUGGGAUUUGGCACUCGAAUGCAAGGGUCAGCCGCCCAAGCAAGACGAGUCAUUUACAGAUGGUUACAAUUAAAAGAA